GAAAACCAAGAGCAUUUGCUACUUCAUGUCAAGAACAAUAGACAGAACAUUCUGACACAAGUUUAACUAAAAAAUGUUGUUGUCGCUGACAGAGGACUCAUUAAGGACUUAACCCUGAGGACUUACUGUAUGCUGUUUGGAACUGUGGAUUUACUUUAUUGUACUCAACAAGGUAAUGACCAUGUCACUUCCAGAGGAGGAUCUUACAUGCCCAGUGUGUUGUGACAUCUUUACAGACCCUGUUUUGCUGUCAUGUAGCCACAGCUUCUGCAGGAGCUGUCUGAAGCGUUGUUGGGACACAGGGUUGCGUGAGUGUCCAGUGUGCAGGAAACGAGCCUCCAAGUCCAGUCCUCCCUGCAAUUUGGCUCUGAAGAAUGUCUGUGAGGCUCUUCUGCAGGUCAGGAGGCAGAGUUCAGUGCUGGGGGAAGAAAUGAUUAACUGUAAUCUGCAUGGGGAGAAGUUAAAACUCUACUGUUUGGUUGACAAACAGCCCAUCUGUGUGGUGUGUCAGUCUUCCAAACUGCACAAGAUCCAUGACUGUGCACCCAUAGAAGAGGCAAUGCUGGAUUGCAAGGAUGAACUUGCUUUAUCUCUCAAGAGUUUGCAAGAUAAAAUGAACCACCUCAGAACAAUUCAGAAGGCUUCUGCGGACAUGUUCGAGUUCAUCAAAAGUCAAGCCCUGGAAACACAGAGACUGAUCAAGAGCCAGUUUGAGCAGCUCCAUCAGGUCCUCUACCAAGAAGAGUCAGACAGAUUAGCAGCUGUGAAAAAGGAUGAAGAAGAGAAGAUUUCAGGGAUGAAGAAAAAGAUCAAAGAACUUUCUGCAGAGGUUCUGUCCCUCAUACAGACCAUCUCAGUAGUACAGGAGCAGCUGAAGGAAGAUGAUAUGGUUUUGAUGAAGAAUUUUAAAGACACUCAGGACAGAUGCAAAAGCACUGAUCCUGGUUCAGACGACAUGUCUGGGUUACUGAUUGAUGUGACCAAGCAUCUCUGCAACCUUAAGUAUGCAGUAUGGGAGAAAAUGCUGGCGCACAUUGACUUUACUCCAGUGACCUUGGACCCAAACACAGCACACCCCUGCCUCAUCCUGUCUGAGAACCUCACUUCCUUCCACUAUUCAAAGCAGCCUAGCUAUUGCCCUGACAACCCAGAGCGCUUCCACAUAAGCGCUGAAGUGGUAGCCAUGACUGCGCUUGGCUCAGGAAGUCACCAGUGGGUCGUGGAAACAGGAAGUAAUCAGGACUGGCUCUUGGGGGUGGUCUCUUUGUCUGUACCUAGGAAUGCUGAGCUCUCAGCUCGGCCUGAAAAUGGUUUCUGGACUUUAUGUUCCCGAGAUGGAGAGUUCAGGGCAAUGACGUCUCCACCCAUCACACUGACCCUUUCAAGACCACCCAAACAAAUCAAAGUGCAACUGGAUUACAACAAGGGGACAGUAUCUUUUUUUGACCCUGCUGAAAAUACACUUAUUUAUGCAUUUAUACACACAUUUACUGAACCUUUACUUCCAUAUUUUUACACACAGAGCAGUCAUCCAUUGAGAAUAAUGCCAGAGAAGGUACUUGUUACAAUGUUGCAUCAAUAACUGGAUGAAUGAUUAAUUAAUUACAUUAAACACACACGCACACACACAGUUGGGGUCCUGUUUUGAUAGAAAAACUAAAUUUGGGUUGGGUGGAUUGACUGGCCUAAUGUUCAUGAUUCUGACAGAAGUCUUGGAAAAUAUUUGAUAUGGUAUUCUUCAUCUGGAUCCUUCUUUUAAAACACAUUAUCUAAUAAAUUAGCAUUCUGGUUCUUAAGUUGCUAAUAUACUUGACUAAACAUGCAUUGCUCUCAGUUGUUAAAAAAGGGGAGUCAGGUUGAAAAGGUAUGAUUAAUGUAAAUAAAUAUCAAGAAGUUUAGGUUAGUUCAUAGAUGAGUUUGAAUAAACUAAAGUGUGACAAAGAGAAUUUUAGAUUUUUGUGUUCAUUACCAUAAUACACUGAGUUUAUUUUUUACAUGUUCAGCACCAUGCACCUUAAGACAUAUACAUCACACGUGCUCUUGUUAGAAAACAUUGUUUUUUGCGUAGCUGCAUGGUGGCUUUGAUUUGUGCUUAAACUUUAGUUUUAUGAAGUGAUGUAUGUUUAAUUCAUCAAGAAGGUCAAAAGGUUCUCUGUACUGGAAGGAUUAUGUAUGGAUUUAUUUCUGUUGCACACAUGAUGGCGCCAAAGUCAAAGAAAUCUUUGGAGGAUUUCUGUAAAAGGGAGGCUGAAGCUUAGAAAAAAACAAUUUACAA